GCCUCGGAGCAGGCGACGGCGAGCGGGAGCCGGAACGCCGGUCCAGCCGCAGCGCGCCGAGGAACCCGGGCUGUGCCCGGAGCUGGGCGGCAACGUCCGAACAGCCCCGAGACUGUGCUUAGCGCAUUGCGGCGACCUCGCCUUCCCGGCCGCGAGUGCGCGCCGCAGCUGGAGAAGCAGCGGAGCCCGUGGACUUUUCUCCGGUCCGAGGGGCACCCUGCAGGGCGCAGCGUACCGGUGCUGCAGUCGGACAAGCAGCGGCGCAGGGGUCCCCGAAGGGCGAUGGAGCGGGGGCUACCAGAAGCGUGAGGCGCCGUCGCUGGGUUCUGGAGAGGGGGGGCGCGAGGUCUGGAGACCCCGGGCGGCGGACGGGAGCCCUCCCCCCGCGCCCCGCCUCCGGGGCACCAGCUCCGGCUCCAUUGUUCCCGCCCGGGUUGGAGGCGCCGAGCACCGAGCGCCGCCGGGAAUCGAGCGCCGGCCGCCGGGCUUUCGCGACACCGCAAGGACCCGAACGGAGUCCGGGGGGCGACGGGCCGGAGCGCGGCACGCGGGCACCCGCCUGCCUGCCCAAGCCACGGCGAGCUCUCCAGAGGCGGAACCCAAGCGCCAAGUGAGAGUCAACCUGAGAAGGACGAUCGAGCUCAAGAUCGAUCCAUGGAGGUGUGGAGCCUUGACACCAACCUCUAACUGCAGAACUGGGAUGUGGAGCUGGAAGUGCCUCCUCUUCUGGGCUGUGCUGGUCACAGCCACACUCUGCACUGCCAGGCCGGCCCCGACCUUGCCUGAACAAGCUCAGCCCUGGGGAGCCCCCGUGGAAGUGGAGUCCCUCCUGGUCCACCCUGGUGACCUGCUGCAGCUUCGCUGUCGGCUGCGGGAUGAUGUGCAGAGUAUCAACUGGCUGCGAGACGGGGUGCAGCUGGUGGAGAGCAACCGUACCCGCAUCACAGGGGAGGAGGUGGAGGUGCGGGACUCUGUGCCGGCCGACUCCGGCCUCUACACUUGCGUGACCAGCAGCCCCUCUGGCAGUGACACCACCUACUUCUCCGUCAAUGUCUCAGAUGCUCUCCCCUCUUCAGAGGAUGAUGACGAUGAUGACGACUCCUCCUCAGAGGAGAAAGAGACAGAUAACACCAAACCAAACCGUAUGCGUGAGACACUGUUUCCUACCUUGCUGCCUUUGGGGCCUGGAGUUGGGUCUAAGAGAGAGGGGGCCUGGCAGAAGCAGGAGGGAAGCAGAGGGCAUAUGGGGUCAUGGUGUCUGGCUGCUAUCCCUCUAAAUGUCCUGAUGAGUGCCGGUCAUUGCUCACAGGUGCGGGGCAGAUGGGCAAGGUGCCAGCUGGUUCUGUCUAGGCCCUUGCUCCAGAGCCUGUCCAUUACCCAAACCCCUUCUUGUCUCUCUUGGUUUUCACUGGCAGCCGUAGCUCCAUAUUGGACAUCCCCAGAAAAAAUGGAAAAGAAAUUGCAUGCAGUGCCAGCUGCCAAGACAGUGAAGUUCAAAUGCCCUUCCAGUGGGACGCCCAACCCCACACUGCGCUGGCUGAAAAAUGGCAAAGAGUUCAAACCUGACCACAGGAUUGGGGGCUACAAGGUCCGUUAUGCCACCUGGAGCAUCAUAAUGGAUUCCGUAGUGCCCUCUGAUAAGGGCAACUACACCUGCAUCGUGGAGAACGAGUAUGGCAGCAUUAACCACACCUACCAGCUCGAUGUUGUGGAGCGGUCCCCUCACCGGCCCAUCCUGCAGGCAGGGUUGCCUGCCAACAAGACAGUGGCCCUGGGCAGCAAUGUGGAGUUCAUGUGUAAGGUGUACAGUGACCCACAGCCCCACAUCCAGUGGCUAAAGCACAUCGAGGUGAAUGGGAGUAAGAUUGGUCCGGACAACCUGCCUUAUGUUCAGAUCUUGAAGACUGCCGGAGUUAACACCACCGACAAAGAGAUGGAGGUGCUUCACUUGCGAAAUGUCUCCUUUGAGGACGCAGGGGAGUAUACGUGCUUGGCGGGUAACUCUAUCGGACUCUCCCAUCACUCUGCAUGGUUGACCGUUUUGGAAGCCCUGGAAGAAAGACCAGCUGUGAUGACAUCACCCCUGUACCUGGAGAUCAUCAUCUACUGCACGGGGGCCUUCCUCAUCUCCUGCAUGGUGGGCUCUGUGGUCAUCUACAAGAUGAAGAGCGGCACCAAGAAGAGUGACUUCCACAGCCAGAUGGCCGUGCACAAGCUGGCCAAGAGCAUCCCUCUGCGCAGACAGGUAACAGUGUCAGCUGAUUCUAGCGCGUCCAUGAACUCUGGGGUUCUUCUGGUCCGGCCCUCACGUCUCUCCUCCAGUGGGACUCCCAUGCUAGCUGGGGUCUCUGAAUAUGAGCUUCCUGAAGAUCCCCGCUGGGAGCUACCCCGGGACAGACUGGUCUUAGGCAAGCCCCUGGGAGAAGGCUGCUUUGGGCAGGUGGUGUUAGCAGAGGCCAUUGGACUGGACAAGGACAAACCCAACCGUAUAACCAAAGUGGCUGUGAAAAUGCUGAAGUCGGACGCAACAGAGAAGGACCUGUCAGAUCUCAUCUCAGAGAUGGAGAUGAUGAAGAUGAUUGGGAAGCACAAAAACAUCAUCAACCUGCUGGGGGCCUGCACACAGGAUGGUCCUCUGUAUGUCAUCGUGGAAUAUGCCUCCAAGGGCAACCUGCGGGAGUACCUGCAGGCCCGGAGGCCUCCGGGGCUAGAGUACUGUUACAAUCCCAGCCAUAACCCGGAGGAGCAGCUCUCUUCCAAGGACCUGGUAUCCUGUGCCUAUCAAGUGGCCCGAGGCAUGGAAUAUCUUGCCUCCAAGAAGUGCAUACACCGAGAUCUAGCUGCCAGGAAUGUCCUGGUAACAGAGGACAAUGUGAUGAAGAUCGCAGACUUCGGCCUAGCUCGGGACAUUCACCAUAUCGACUACUAUAAAAAGACUACCAAUGGCCGGCUGCCUGUGAAGUGGAUGGCGCCUGAGGCAUUGUUUGACCGGAUCUACACCCACCAGAGUGAUGUGUGGUCUUUUGGGGUGCUCCUGUGGGAAAUCUUCACUCUGGGUGGCUCCCCAUACCCUGGUGUGCCUGUGGAGGAGCUUUUCAAGCUGUUGAAGGAGGGCCAUCGGAUGGACAAGCCCAGUAACUGCACCAAUGAGCUGUACAUGAUGAUGCGGGACUGCUGGCAUGCGGUGCCCUCUCAGAGGCCUACCUUCAAACAGCUGGUAGAAGACCUGGAUCGCAUUGUGGCCCUGACCUCCAAUCAGGAGUAUCUGGACCUGUCAAUGCCCCUGGACCAGUACUCUCCCAGCUUCCCUGACACCCGAAGUUCUACCUGCUCCUCGGGGGAGGAUUCCGUCUUCUCUCAUGAGCCGUUGCCUGAGGAGCCCUGUCUGCCCCGACACCCAACUCCGCUUGCCAAUGGCGGACUCAAACGACGCUGACUACCAGCCUCCCGUUUCCUGCCCAAGCUCCAUCAUCAGCUGUGUCCCUCACCCACAGCUCCCUUCUGGACUGAACUGCCUUUCCCCUUCUCCUUUCCUGUUGGCAGGGGCCAGCCACCUUGUGUGGCCUUCCUCCUCUUCCUCUCAACCUGCUUGUGAGAGAUAGGAGCAAAGAGGCAGGUACUUGCCGGUGGCCACGUCCUUUUUUGGACCAAGACCCCUCCCUGCCGCUGGCGCUGUCUGGAGAGCCAGGGAGUGGGAUGAACAGGCUGGCAGCGAGAGCUUCCCUGGCAUUCUUGUGUUGCUUUGUCUGUUUCAUCCUGACUUGUCAGCCCCUUGUGUUCUGGUGGCAGGUGCCUUGUCCUUGGGGCUACAGCAGCAGGGAGGUCACUGCUUCGGGCCUCGAUUGAAGGUGACUUCUGCUCCAGAUGGAUGGUACCAGUGGCUUAUUAAUUCCAAUACUAAUUUGCUUUGCUGACCAAAUACCUGGUACCAGAGGAUGUUGAGGCAAAGACUGGGAGCAGUGAUGGAACCUUGGGGCCCAGCCCUGAGUUGGGGGCUUUGUACAUAGCUAUGAAGAAAACACAAAGUGUAUAAAUCUGAGUAUAUAUUUACAUGUCUUUUUAAAAGGGUCGUUACCAGAGAUUUACCCAUUGGGUAUGGUGCCUCUAGUGGCUGGGAGGCAUCAGUUGCUAUAUAUUAAAAACAAAGAAAAAAGGAAAAAAAAAAAAAAGGAAAAUGUUUUUAAAAAGGUCAUAUAUUUUUUGCUACUUUUGCUGUUUUAUUUUUUUAAAUUAUGUUCUAAACCUAUUUUCAGUUUAGGUCCCUCAAUAAAAAUUGCUGCUGCUUCAUUUUUAUAUGGGCUGUGUGAAAAGGGAACAGAUGUCCAUGGAAAGGAGGGAGACCAAGGGGCUGUGUCCAGUGGGUAGUGCAUGCUUCCUGCCUUUCCUUGUGACCUCCUCCUCCUAGGUCGCGCACAUUGGCAUUGUGGGCAGAGCUUUCUGCCCUUGCCUCGGAGUUGCUGGGCAGAGAGCCAAGGCCACAGCAGCCUGCAACCACAGAUUGCUUCCUCGGAGGAAACUGGGAGGAAGGGGGUCCUGGAAUAGCCAAGGGGUAGAGCUAAAGUGAUUAAGGGGAAAGCUAAGGAUUAUGCAAUGAGGAUCUGUAGAACCUGAAACCCAGAUAGAUUUUCAUUCAGCCUUCUGCUCUGUGUGGGCAUGCUUUGGCCUAUGAGGGAAAAUUUGUCACCUAAGGUUAAUUCUACAUUCAGGUCCCCAGCUGUCUUCUUCAACCUAUUGUGUUCAUUAUCCUCCCCCAGAUGGUCCUUCCUGUCUCUAUGUGACCAGGUCUUGGCUUGCUAUAGAUCUUCUUUUGCAAACUCCACCCAUGCCUCAGGAAAGGGAAAAGAAGUCUGUUUGUUUUGGGGUUUUGGCUGCUUGGAAACUUCUGCCACCUACUGGUUGUUACUGUCCUCACCAAGUAGAUUCUGGCUCCUGGCACCUUUUUUCAGCCAAGUACUCUUUAAAGCUUACUUUUGGUUUGGUUACUGCUAAAUGUAAAGAGUUCAGUAUGCUUUCAUUCUAUAGGGAAAAUGAGAUUGCUGCUUUAAGUUUUGUUUUUAAGAUGGGUAUUUUUUGGCAGCUGCAGUGUUGGUCACCAUUGUAAAAGUCUUUGUUUCUCUCUGUAUACAUGCAACAUACUACAAAUUGUGUUUAUGUUUAAAUGAGGACAUAAUUUGGUGAGCAGAGCCAGGAAAUGAAUUUUAGCUCUUAAAAUCAUUUGCUUUGAGAUAAUAUGGUAGUGUCUUUCCUUGUAAAAGACUAAUGAUAACUUCUACCUCAGCCCUACUUCCCACGAUGUUGUAUGAAUGGAUGAAGAAUCUAUAAAGGGUUUUGUAUGCCUCCAGAAGAGGUGCUAGAGAAGUGUAAGGCACAACAGUGAUGUCCUUGCUGUUGCUAUUCAAAUCACCCACGAAUUUCCCCAGAGAGUCUGAGCUGGCUGACAAAUAAAAGAUAGUGAAAUUGACCUGAGAGAAAAUGAAAUGGCUAUUUUACUUAGAUGACCGGAUUGGGUCUCUUGAGAAAAGGAGUCCAGUUAUCUAAUGAAGAUGUUGUGCUGUCAAAGUGCUGAAUCUGUCUGGUUUCCUGAGGGCUAAAGGAUUAGGGCCUCGGAUCCCAUAGCACUGAUCAAUACUGCCCUUCUAUCUUUCCUCAUUGCCGGAGGCUAGAGAUCAUCAGUCCCGUGGCACAGCUAAUGUAAUGUAUUGAUCGCAGGUAAAUAAGAUUGAACAUAGAUGAAGCAAGAAGUCUAUCUUAAUGGUAAUGGAUGGAGUCACUGUUUAUCAGCCACCACUGGGUGGAGCCAGCAAGCUAAAAUCCCCAGCAGCAUUAGGAAAUGCGCCAGUCUCUCUGAAGUAACAUUCUUCUGACCUUCCCUGGUGCUGAGUGGGAGUCUUUGACCUGGGUCUAGCAUCCAGAGCAUUGGCUGGACGUCACUGAUAUGAGUUGUAAUGAUUAAAGUACAGAAUUAGACAUACACAAGUACCAGGCCAUAAAUGUCAGGUGCCACCAGCAAUUACUGUAGCAGAAUUCUGUGUGUGUGAGAAGCAGGACACAUCUAACAUCAUUGCAGGUGGAUGUUAGGAACUGAAAUCAUACCCAGUAAGAUUAUUAGCAGCUGGUUUGAAACAAGGUAUCUGCAUCUGCAGGGAAGAGUAGCAAGCAGUGAGAAAGGAAGGAGCUUUUACAGUAACCUGACCGCCCUUCCAUUCUGUCAGCUGAUGGGACCCAGAAAGGGGCAAGAUCUGCAAGAAUGGAGAUGUUAAGGAGAACUCAGUCUGGGGCACUUGGUUGGCCCUUAACAGCAUUCAGAACAGUACAGUACUGCCUCCUAGAUGCAGGCCCUGACACGGAAUUGAUGCAUGUAAUGGUGUGCUGCCAGUUGUAGAGUGUUAGUUGUCUCGUCACUCCAGAAGGGCUAUGGCUAGAGCCCACUGUGCACAUCACUUCCCAAAUCCACACUGUUUAGUGAUCUCAUGUUAAUAGCUGGGCAUCUGCAAAUGCUGGGACAAUUUCUCCCUCAGAGUUGGUUCCUUAUCAUUUACCAUAGCACCACCAUUAAGUUUCUGCAUAGGGCUAGGUCUAACAAAUACAACCAAGCACCUAAAUGAUGAGAACAAAGAAACCUCUGAUUUUUGCUAGGGUAAGCUAUUAUCAUAAGAAUGAAAAGUGGUAUCAAGUGUCUUAUACCUAGAUGUUAAAACAGGUGGAAACCAACUGGAGCCACAAGUGACGAGGGCCCUUCAACCUAACCAUUCCCAUUCUGCUCACAGGGAAAGCCAGAGAGUCCCAUGGCACAAAAGAAUCAUGCACCUGAAACAGGAUCAAGCAAGUUAACUGGCUAAUAAUCCCUUUCCCACAUUUAAUACCUAAAAUGUGCACUAAGUAAAAUAAACAUCCAUCAUCUUAAAAAUGGCAAGUUUUUAUUGUCAGUCACCUGGCUAGGCCUGUGUUAAGGUCCAUGGGAUGCUGUAUUUGCAUAUAGGGAUCCGUCAUCCUUAAAGAGCUGGAGUUUUUAGCAGGACAGGGCAGAGUUUUUCCUCUGGUGGAAAAGUUGAGGAAGUGUUUUUAGUUUCUUCUGUUGUUUUGGUAGUAUUGGGGUUUGAAAUCAGGGCUUUGAGCUUGCUAGACAGGCAUUCUACCACUAGAACCAUACCUCUAAGCACGGUUUCUGAUUUUUUUGAGACGGCAUCUCACUAUGUAGUUCAGGCUGGCCUCAAACUUAUGACCUUCCUGCCUCCACCUCCCAAGUGCUGGGAUUACAGGCAUGCCACUACGGUGCCCAGGAUCUUGAGAAAGCAUUUUAAAGUGCAUGUUUUUGUUAUAAAGUGCUGGUGACAUUUCUCAUUUAAGUGAUCCCAGACAGGGAGGAUCUUGGUAUUAAUUGGUAUGACUCUCAUCUAACUGCUUUUAAGUUCAUAGUAAGUAAAGAAAUCUAAUUUCAUCAUGUAGAGGCUGAAAUAUCUUUUCCCUUCUCAUCUUGGUCAUCUGCAUGGCAGUCUGUUCAGUUUUUCCCAGUAUUAACAAUAUGGAAAACACUGAACAUAAAUAGCUGAAUGUAAUGCUCGUCACUGAGUAGCACAAAGAUUAUAUCCGACUUCACCAACCCCUAUGACUAACAAAGCCUCAUUUGUGAAAGACAAACUGAUCAGAAAAACACACCCAGCACAAACAAAUGAUUAAGCUUAAAACCCUU